AUUCAAGACAUUCGUCAAGUAGUGUAUGAAUCGCCAAAAUCACAAUUCUAUACCUGCUUCUAUAUUGCUCAUGAAGGAAAUCGCCAAAACGAACUUUCUCAGCUCCAAUCCAUUGAAGGCUUUCCUGAGAAAAAUCAGUUUUUUGUUGUUCAAGAUGUGUACAAUGAAAGUGAAGUGCGUGUUCAUAUCAAUCGACUUCGUGAAAUACUGACUGCUUAUCAACCCUCUCUGAACUUGUAUGGCAUUGACCAAUCUGCAUCGUUCCUAUCAAGCAUUGAUCGCGACUCGAUUAUUGCGCAUCCCAUGGAACUGAAAGAUGUUACUGCUAUUCUUGAUGGUAUCCUUUCAUCAGAAUCCUUGAUCACCAACAUUUCAGAAUUUGUACCACCCCGAUUCCAUAGUAGUCCAGAACCCUGUUUGAAAAGCAUUAAUCUUUCAUGCUGGAAUCCACCUCCUCUAUACCGUCGCAUGGCUGGUGAUCUGCUUUACCUGUCCAUUGUCACUCUUGAGGGUACUGUUCUUGAAAUCACAUCGUCUGUGUCCGGCUUUUACAUCAACGGGUGCACCGAUACCACAUUUGAUCCUACACUCAACAAAAAAUCGACCAAAGUGAUGCACAUGCUUCCCGACCUAUUGUCAAAAGCUAGUGCUCAAUUUGAACAGCAGUUUGGUAAACUUCAAGAGCAAAUUACUGGACAUCAUCCAUUUGAAUACGUCCUCACCUCGCUUCCCUCUUAUCCUUGGAUUGUUCAGCCUCGAGUCCACAAAAAUGAUCCUGGUAGAUCCAUGGAUAUGGCGUUUGUUGCAUCUGAUGUGAUUGAUGCUAUUUCUACCCAUGACUGGAAUGAAGAGCUUCAGUCUGCUCGCGAUUUGAGCAAGGAAACUCCACAAGAGCGAAUUACUCGCGAUCAGGCUGUAUUCAAAGCUCAUUCCGACUUUGUCGAUGCAGCUGUGCGAGGUGCUGUGAGCAUUGUCAACAAGACUCUUUCAUCAAUUAAUCCUCUUGAGGCAGAUGCAUCGCAGAUGUAUAUUCAUAACAAUAUCUUUUUUUCCGAGGGAUACGACAACCGUGACCAGUUUGAUCCCUAUGGUGGCGAAGAAGCUGCUCACGUUGCUGCCAGCAAAGACAUUGAUGGUAUUCGUUUGAUCUCAAAUAUAGAUGCUGAGGGUGUGUACACAAUCGGCACAGCUGUCGUGGACUAUAUGGGUCGCCGUAUUGUUUGCCAGUCGAUUGUUCCCGGACUUCUUCAUCGUGCUGCCAAUCAGGAACCCACAGUACAGUAUGGAUCUAUUGAUAGUGGCAAGGAAAUAGCAAGCAAUUCCAAAUUUGACGAGCUCAUUGCCACUAAACUUGCCAAGAGUCUUCAUCUUAAGAAGCACAAGGUGCUUGACGAAAAGAAAACAUCGCAUGAUUUGUACACUUCUGUGGAGACCAAGGGUGUUUUUGGCACAGAUUCUCGUAGCUAUAUGCUAGAUCUGUUCCGUUUGACACCUGUCGAUAUUCAAUUUUUGGAAACUGUAGAUGCGGAAAGUGAAACCAACCCAUAUCCACAUCGCAUGACACUACUUCGACCUGAAUUGAUUGAAAGUUUCUAUGAGCACAAGGUUCGCUUUGCCAUCCAAGAGCAUCAACAAGCAGUAGAAGAAGCUAAAAAAUCCACCACUUCUACAAAAAAGGCUGCGCAUGGCAAAAAGACCAAGACUUCAAAGGAAAGCCCAAAGGAAGAUCCCCAGAUUCCUUUCGAGUUUGAUCUUUCUUUCAACAUGGAUGCAUUUACCUGUGUCAAAACUGGUGAUGCCAACGAUGUAACGGACUCGAGCGAAAUGUCCGUGCGCGAGGUAUCUCUGUAUGUGACUCGCCAAAUCUCUCAACUUGUUCUUGAUGUCGUCAACCAUCCUAGCUCCAUUCCUGCCGACAGCGAUGGUCUCACCAAAAUGCUUCAUCGUCGAGGUAUCAACAUGAGAUACCUUGGUAAAUUGAUUGAUUCGUUGUUGCAAGUUACCGAACCGUCCAUCAAGUUUAUUCUUGAUCUGUCCACUCAAGAGACUAUUCUCCGUGCUUCCAAGCGUAUUUUGCGUAACUACCUCAAGGAUUUACCUCAAUUUCUUGCAGGCUCGUGCAUUUCCCAUUUCCUAAACUGUUAUUAUGCCGAUGAUGAUGCAACUGUUGUUCCCGAAAAGUUGGCAUUGCACCAUACUACAGAAGAAUUAGCGUUCAUGAACUUGACACCAGCCGGUCUGCAUGCUGAAAUUCGCAAGCAGGUUAGCCAGCGAUUCCGCCACCAGCUGUCUGCCAAUGAUACUUUCUGGAAAACUCGACCCACUGCCUUUGUGCGCGCACUUGCUCUUGUAGUCGGUUUCCAACUUCAAUCUACAUCUGCUCCAUUUAGCACUACCACAGCGGCUCUCUAUAAACCAUCUGAUAUUGCCAAUGUCUAUCCACUUGUCAAGCACGCACAACCCCGAUCAUCCUAUGCCGAAGAUGCGUUUGAGCAUGGUCGCUACAUGUUGCUGCAAAAUCGCAAAGAGCUUGGCAUUGAGCUUUUACGAGAAUCACUUUCCAUGUCUGAGCAAAUCUAUGGUCCUAUUCAUCCCAACGUAUGCCGUAUUUUUGGAUCUCUUGCCAUGAUCCACUUUAAUGACGAUGAUCUGGAGCGUGCACUUUAUUUCCAGCAGCGUGCCAUUGUUGUCUCUGAACGUAUCAAUGGUAUAGAUAGUGCCGAGACUAUUCAACAAUACAUGAACUUGGCUUACUUUGAGUUUGUUGCUGGUCAUUCAAAACUUGGACUUGAGUACAUGAAGCAUGCUGCUAGAUACUGGUCAAUCCUGUGUGAUGGAAGCAAGCAUCCUGACACGACAUCUAUCUAUUCCAAUCUUGGAUCUAUGUUGCAGAGACUCGAUCAUCGUGAGCUUGCUGUGACUUAUUUUGAACUUGCAGCCAUGUCUUGUGUUGAGACGCACGGCGCUCAGCAUCUGAACACUGCGCUUACAUACGAAGCGCUUGCCAAGGGUCAAUGCAUGAUUGAUGAGUACCGCAAGGCUAUUCAAUCUGAACGAAUUGCAUUGGAGUUUUUCGAAUCCAAACUGGGCAAAGAAGAUGAACGUACUAUUGAAGCCAGUAAAUUUUUGAAUUUACUCAUGACUCGUGCUGUUAGUAUUGCUCGACUUGAAAAGGAAGUUUCAGAAGCUAUGAGCAAGGGAACAUUUAUCUCUAAUGAAUCUGAGCUUGUUGACACAACUGUGUCCCAACCAUCCGACAUUGCUCCUGUCUUGCCUGAAUCUGAACCCGUUGACACAACUGUGCCCCAACCAUCAAGCAUUGCUCCUGCUUUGCCAGAAUCUCCUGCUACACCUCCUAGCUCGACUACAGCUGGCAAAAAAGGCAAAGGAAAAGGAAAAGGCAAAAAAGGCGGGAAAUAA